AUGGCCGAAAACACCUUCCGUUUAAUUAUCCAACCAUACUUCUACGGGAUUUCUUCUGACACUCGUAAGGAGAUAAAGAAGCGACGCAAACAGAACAUGAUCCGUGAGUCGCUUCUCUCCAUCAUCACUAUCCGAGUGUAUUCUAAUCUCUUUAGACUUCUUCGACGACGACUAUCCGAGCUCGCUCUUAAGCCGCUUCGGCGACUUACGUAACAUUCCAAUUAUCGGGCUGGAGAAUAGCAGAACGCCCUUGGCCGGCGGCCUGAUUGGAGCAGUAUGUGAUACUCUAUGUGGAACUGACAAUACAAUUCGCUGACCACCGCCAGGGAAAAGAUAUUGCAAACUCCAGCGUGCACGUCCUUGGGAGCCGCGGGCGCAACAUCACUCCAACUAAGCGCAAAUCUGAAAUACACUCGAAUGAGAUCCAAAACAAGGCGGACGACGCCACGCCGACCAAGAAGCCAAAGCCAAACCGCGUCCUCUCGUUCACGGCGUGA